CGGGUAGAAAUAAGUAGCUAAAAACUUACAAGCAAAACAAACCGAUUAGCAUGCUUUAAAACUUGUAUUAAAACUGUUUAUAUAUAAUGUCUAUUUGGAAUCAAAAAAUAAAAGAGUUUGAUCCUAAGAGCUCGACUUACAUUGAACUUCAAACUGUUGAUGAAGCUGAAGCUUUAGUGACAACGUAUCCUAACAGCUCUAAAGCUUGGAUAUUGUACAUUAUCUACUAUUUAAAUCAUGUUGAACUGAAUAAAGCAAGAGCCAUUGCUGAGAAAGCUCUUCAAACUAUUAACUUCAGGGAAGAUUUAGAAAAGUUAAAUGUAUGGAAAGCCUUAUUGAAUAUUGAAAGCAAAUAUGGAUCAAGUGAUACAUUUGAAAAUGUCCUCAAGCGAGCUUUACAAUAUCAAGAUCAACUAAAAGUUUACAAGCAUGUGAUAGAUUUAUAUGUCAAAAAUGAAAAAAUUGAGGAAUUAGAAAAACUGUCUACUGUAGUUCUGAAAAAAUUUAAAAAUGACAAGGAUAUUUGGUUGCAGUUUGCCACUUUUUACAUGCAAAAAGGAAAGUUCAAGGAAGCUAGAAAUAUUUUAACCAGAAGUUUACAAUGUAUCUCAAACAAGGAAUGUGCUGAUGUUUUAAGUAAAUUUGCUGAUUUAGAAUAUAAACAUGGGGACUUAGAAAGAAGUUUCACUAUGUAUGAAGAAAUUUUAGCCAAGUAUCCUAAGAGAAAAGACCUAAAAUCUAUCUACAUACAAAAAUUAAAAGCUCAAGGACAAGAUGAAAGGGUUCAAGCUUUACUAAUUAGUGAUUAAACUAUUAAAUUGUAAUCAUGUAUAUAGCAAACAUGUAUAUAAAUUAUAAGUAAAGAUUUUAUAAUAAUUUA